AUGGAUUCGUCUUCCAUGCCUCAGGCACUCAAACUGUAGUCAUGUCGCAACGCUGGUCCUCAAACUGUAACAGCUGUGCGAGCCGCCUUUUGACGGUGAUUUUUGUGGUCCAUCUGCUAAGUGCGGUGCAUGCCGUCAACCAAAUCGAUGUGGAAUCAGAUCUACGACGUUUGCUGGGAAGCUGCGAUAUGAAGAGCAGAGACUUCAACGAUUGCAUGCAGCAGGCUUUAAACGAUAUGCGUUUGUACUUCAAAACAGGCAUACCCAUCUAUCACAUAAAGCCCUUUGAACCCCAGCAUUCUGACUAUGUGGAACUGCGGCGAGGAGUCGCCGGCAUCGCACAUGGCCUCGGCAGCUUUGACCUCAUUUUGCGUAAUGUUUCCGAGUACGGUUGGUCGAAAUCUAAGGUGACCAAGUUCGAAGCGAAAUUCGAAGAUCAGAGCAUUGUCUUUUCGCAAUAUUUCAGUGACAUAAGCUUGGAGGGUCUGUACGAGUUCAACGCCUCGGUGGUGGGCACAGAGAUCAAGCGACGCGGUUCCUGGAAUCUCACUCUCAGUGAUUACAGUCAAACCACCACUAUCGUACGCGCUGGCGGGCCUGGUUCUCUUCUGAAGGUCCUUGUGGAAAUCGAUCGCAUUGGAGGCCUGAAAAUUCACGCUACGAAUCUCGUUGGGCCGUCUGUAAACUGGAUGGCCGACACCAUCUUUAACAGCAUGUGGCAGGUGGGUCUGCACUUUGUCAAGUCCAUGAUCAAUGAGCUGAUGAGCACGGCCUUCACGGAGAUCUUCAACGAAUCCUUUCGUUUCUUUCCCCUCGAGAAGUUCUUCAGUGCAACCUGAUCUAGUUUUAAAAAUAUCUACUCGUAAUACUUAAUGAAAAGCACUAGAGCAAGGCUAGUUAAAUAAAUCUUUAAACAUCUGGCCAACUGCUGUGUCUUAGGGGCAAACAUGA